ACUAUCAAAGCGACUCAUGGUCGCGUAGUGAAGUGCUUACGUUGUUCGUAUCCGUCCGUUUCACUGUUUUCACUGACAACGUAUCCAUUCUUUGUUUCGUCGCAUUUGUGCGUCGGUAAACGAUCUAAAUAUGGGUACAACUUCGAACGCGACAUACUUAGGGCUCGAUCUCAGCACGCAGCAGCUGAAAGCGGUGGUCGUUGAUAAUGAUCUCAACGUUCUCUGCGAAACCAGCGUGCAAUUUGACAAUGAUCUGCCGGAGUUUAGAACUUAUGGAGGGGUCAUUCAAAAGAAAGACGAACCACGCGUGGCGGUAGCUCCCACCUUGAUGUGGGUGAAGGCCUUGGACAUCAUCCUUGAUAAAUUACGCGUCUGUGGUGUCGAUUUUAGCAAGGUAGCCGCCAUUUCCGGGUGCGCACAGCAACAUGGCACAGUUUACUGGGGCAAGGGCAGUCGAAAUCACUUGCAACAAUUGAAUCCCACGAAAUUCUUGCACGAGCAGUUGGUCACGUCGUUUUCGGUGACUCCGUCUCCCGUGUGGAUGGAUUCCAGCACGACCAAGGAAUGUCAUAUUUUAGAAGAGAUCGUGGGUGGUCCUCAAAAAUUAGCGGAGAUAACGGGAUCUCGGGCCUACGAAAGAUUCUCAGGACCUCAGAUAGCGAGGAUAGCGCGCAGGAAGCCCGAGGCUUACAAUAACACUGAGAGAAUCUCUGUAAUUAGCAGUUUUCUUGCUUCCCUGUUUGUGGGCGACUUUGCGCCCAUCGAUUACUCAGAUGGAUCUGGAAUGAAUUUGUUAAAUAUUCAUACCAAAGACUGGGACGACGUUUUGCUGGAGGCUUGCAGCUCGAAUCUAAGAGAGAAACUAGGCAAACCUGUUUCCUCGUAUAGCGACAUUGGGCCAAUUUCAUCCUAUUUCGUAGAAAGAUUCAAUUUCGACGAAUCAUGCAGAAUAAUUGCUUUCACGGGGGACAAUCCUGGUUCUCUGAUAGGUAUGAGAUUGAAGGAAGGAGAUAUCGCCUGCAGUUUAGGUACAAGCGAUACUUUGUUUUUGUGGUUGAACAAUCCCAAAACUGUCUUGGAAGGUCACGUCUUUUGCAAUCCCCUCGACGAUAAUGCUUAUAUGGCACUGCUCUGUUUCAAAAAUGGAUCUCGGACCCGUGAAAGAAUACGCGAUAGUGCAGCUCAAGGGUCUUGGCAGAUUUUUAACGAACUGUUGGAGAGUACACCGCGUGGUAAUUUUGGGAAUUUAGGUUUAUACUUCGACGCACAAGAAAUUUUACCAUUCGUCAGCGGUGACCAUAGAUUUAAUAAAGCCAACGACGAGAUAUCUCGGUACAGUUCGAAGGAGGUAGAAGUAAGGGCUCUAAUCGAGGGUCAAUUCGUUGCGAAAAGAGCCCAUGCCGAGGAUUUUGGUUUCGUUAUUGGUCCAAACACGCGCAUUAUUGCAACGGGUGGUGCAUCUACAAAUAAGGCUAUACUACAAGUAAUUUCAGACGUUUUCAAUUCACCAGUGUAUACAUCGGAUAUAGCCAAUUCGGCUAUGCUAGGUGCAGCCUACCAAGCAAAGCACGCCUUAUUACGAAAUGAGAGUAGCUUCGAUGAAAUAACACGCUGCUUGCCUGAACCAACGCUCGUAUGCCGUCCUUACGAUGAUGCAGAUUCCAUAUACAAGUCGAUGGUUACGCGUUAUCGGAAGAUCGUGGACCAAAUUAAAAAAUAGCAAAGUAUAAACUGAAACGCGUAAAGCUUAUAUGUAUAUCACACAAAACUGGUUAAACGAAGGGGCCUUCAUAUUGCAUAUAUGUAGUAAUAGACGAUAGGAAAGCAUUUCUGCAACUGCGUGAUAGAUUUUUUAUAUGAUAUUUUUUAAACAAUUUUUGGAAGUCUACCUUUAAAAUUGAAAUAUUAAAAUUUCAAUUAACUUUAAUAUACAGAUGAAAAA